GGAGAGAGAGUUCCUACAUACAGGAGAAAACGCUGGUUCACAGCAAACUCUCUUCAUAACCGAGGAAGACUUUUACUCCCUCUUUUGCUCCUCCUCUGAAGUUAAAGCUCUUGAUCAUUUACAUUAAACUCCUAAUAGUCUAGAAGAAGCUCUUUAUUGUCCGGUAAAUUCAGAACAUUCAAGCAGAUUAGAAGAUUGUAAGAUAACUGGCAUCUUUACCGGACAACUACGGCGCCAGCCAAACUGACCUCUAAUAAACAAGGAGACCUCCCUAAUAUUGUAUCACGCUGUGUUUUAGAACGGCCGUGCCUGGAAUCUCCAGAACUUUUCCUUGGACUGUUGAAUACGUUCUAGAGUGGGUUCUGGAACUAGAAUGAGCUCCAGAGUUCCCGUUGGGACAAUGUUGUUGGUGAUGAUGACCAUGUUCUCCAUGUCCUCACCGGGACAAUGUCAGAGCCACCCCAACCUCACGGUCGCGGACCUCCACCCUGCCCUCCACAGCACAGACACCCCCCUCAUAGAGUUCCAGGAUGCCCAGGGACACUCCUCAUCUGGGGGCCUGGAUGGCGACAAGACACCCCUGAGAUCUAGAACCAGCAUAUACUCCCCCACGCAGUUCCCUGACCCGGGACACAGACAACUCCAACAAAGACCCCAUCAGCCCUCCUUCACCUCCUCCCACUCCUCCAACAGCUCCUCCCAGGAGGUCCGUGUCCAGACGACACCCCCUGUCUGUCUGCAGGUGACCUCCAUUAAGAAGGCCUUUAAGUACAUCAACACGAUAAUAAGCUGUGUGAUCUUCGCUGUGGGGAUGGUGGGUAACGCCACCUUGCUGAGGAUAAUCUACCUGAACAAAACCAUGAGGAAUGGACCCAACGCCCUGAUAGCCAGCCUCGCCCUGGGGGAUUUGAUCUACAUCUCUGUAGACAUACCCAUCCAUGUGUAUAAGCUGCUGGUUGGCUCCUGGCCUUUUGAUGACAGCUCCAUGGGUCUGUUCCUCUGCAAGCUGGUCCCGUUCCUCCAGAAAGCUUCGGUUGGCAUCACCGUGCUCAACCUGUGUGCCCUCAGUGUGGACAGGUAUCGUGCAGUGGCGUCGUGGAACAGGGUACAGGGUGUAGGUGUCCCCAUGGUAACGGCACUAGAGAUCAUUUCUAUAUGGUUGUUAUCCAUCCUGCUGGCCGUGCCGGAGGCAGUGGGAUUCAACAUGAUCACCUUUGAUUACAGAAACACAACGAUCAGGACCUGCAUGCUCCGCCCACAGACACGGUUCAUGAAGUUCUACCAGGAUGUCAAGGACUGGUGGAUGUUCGGGUUCUAUUUCUGUGUUCCGCUGGCGUGUACCGGAGUGUUCUACACGCUCAUGACCUGUGAGAUGUUGCGCCACAGAAAAGGAUCCCUUCGCAUAGCGCUCAGUGAACACCUCAAGCAGCGCAGGGAGGUAGCCAAGGCCGUGUUCUGCCUGGUCCUGAUCUUCGCUUUGUGCUGGUUCCCGCUUCAUUUCAGCCGCAUCCUGAAGAAGAUGAUUUAUAUGCCACUCGACGCUGGGCGCUGUGAACUAUUGAACUUCCUGCUGGUCCUGGAUUACUUUAGUAUCAACCUGGCAACAAUAAACUCCUGCAUCAACCCCAUUAUCCUCUACUUUGUCAGCAAGAAGUUCAAAAACUGCUUCAAGUCCUGUCUAUGCUGUUGGUGUGGCUCCGGUUCAUUGGUAAACAGUCUGACGCCUUUGAAUGUCAAUGGGACCAGUCUGCAGUACAAGAACCCUGAUCAACAAAUCAACAACAACAACAACCAGGACCAUAAAGACUCUGACUGAACAUGGAGUGUGCUUCAUGUGUGUGUGUAUGUGUGUGUGUGUGUGUGUGUGUUUGUUUACAACAAUAGAUUGGAUGCCCUUUGGCCGUUAUUCACCAACUGUUUUCAUCUGCAAAAUGUGGCCAUUUAUAUCAUAUAAUAUUAUAUUGUCCAAACAUUUCAUUCACUGACAUGGUUAGAGAACCUGUCUGUUUCCCACUAUGAAGUAUAUUGUAGUGUAAAUGAAUGCAUUGAAUUGCAUUGAAUGCUCCCUCCUGAUGGUCGCUUGGUCAUCGGGAAGACAAUGAAGGUGGAGGUCCGACCAGUGAUUACAUUGAAAUGGUGCAAGCUACUCGGUAGCGAUUUCCUGCUAAAUCCACCUCUUGGACCCUACAGUCCUCUAUCCUUCUCUAUGGUCUCAACACUUGGUCUAUGGUCUCAACAGACUCCGAGGGGUGAAAGAUCUCUUUUGUGACAUUUAGGUGAAAGGUCAUCAUGAAGACCAACGAUUCAAAGCUUGCUAACGAGACACUUGGUACAUCAAGUCAAAGAUCAUAAAUGUGUGUGUGUUGGCACACUGCAAUCUUUAUGAUAAAUAAUGUACUGGG